AUGGACGAGGGAAAGCAAAAAGUUGUCGUUGUCGGUGCCGGCCCGGUCGGCUCAUUGGCUGCUCUUUAUGCGGCCAACCGUGGUCACGAUGUUGAGAUUUAUGAAUUGCGCGGUGAUCUCCGUGAUCCCUCAACAACACCACUCAACUUCACUAGAUCCAUCAACUUGGCUCUUUCAGAACGCGGCCUUAAUGCUAUGCGCCAUGCCAACCAACCAAGACUCAUCGAUUAUGUCAAAGGGGUGACCAUCCCCAUGAGAGGCCGCAUGAUCCAUGGCAAGCGACCCGAUGGAAAGCUGUAUGAGGAAGCUCAAGACUACGAUAUUCAUGGACGGAGUAUCCUUGCCAUCGACCGUGGCGACCUGAACAAGCGUCUCCUCGACAUGCUGGAGGAGAUGCCGAACGUCACAUUCUUCUUCAACCACAAGCUCACCGGCGCCGAUUUCAAGCGGAACAAGGCCUGGUUUGAAGUCAAGGACGAGAGCACCUACAACCUUCGAGACCGAGCGCGCGAAAUUGAGAUCGACUUCGAUUUCAUGAUCGGUGCUGAUGGCGCCCACUCCGCCGUCCGCUACCACCUGAUGAAGUUCGCCCGCAUGGACUACCAGCAAGAGUACAUCGACACGUUAUGGUGUGAGUUCCAGAUCGCUCCCAGAGCCGGCUCAUCAUCAGCCAAGUCCAAGUUCAGGAUAUCGCCCAACCACCUGCACAUUUGGCCCGGCAAGGAGUUCAUGUUCAUCGCCAUCCCGUCCGAAGACGGCUCCUUCACAUGCACCCUCUUCGCCCCUGUCGCCAUCUACGAGCAGCUCGAAGCCGACACCGCCGGUACCCAGAUCCCGCUAUUUUUCGACAAGCAUUUCCCGGGCGUAACCUCUCUGAUCCACCCGGAAGACCUCAUCGAUCAAUUCCAGUCCAACCCCCACCUUCCGCUCAUCAGCAUCAAGUGCAAGCCGUAUCACUUCUCCUCGUCCGUUGUCGUCGUCGGCGACGCCGCCCACGCCAUGGUCCCCUUCUACGGCCAGGGCAUGAACGCCGGACUCGAAGACGUCCGCAUCCUGUUCGACAUCCUCGACAAGCACGACCGCAUGACCAAUGACGACAGCGACCUCGAGGCCUCGCAACGGGAGAUCGCGUUGACCGAAUACUCGGCCGUGCGCAUCGCCGACGCGCACGCCAUCAACGACCUGGCGCUGCAGAACUACAUUGAGAUGAGGUCAUCAGUUCUGUCGCCUGUGUACAGAUGGCGCAAGGCCCUGGAGGAGUGGUUGAGUGUUUACGUGCCGAGUCUGGGCUGGCAGACCAAGUAUAGCAGGGUGAGCUUUGGGAACGAGAGGUAUUCCGAGGUGGUGAGGAAGAGUGAUCGCCAGGGCCAGGUCUUGGUGCGCAGCCUUGUUGGUGGUGUUGGUUUGCCGCUGCUGGCUGGUAGCCUUUUUCUGUGGUUCAGGUACAAGGGCGCAAUUGGCAGGGCAGCGUAUGGGGUGUUUUAUAACUUUAUGGGGAUGGUUUGUAGGACGAUCCAUGGGAAGAGGCGGUAA